AUGGAGAGCGGAGCUCACAAACUGCUUGAAUCAGCCACCCAGCGCACGCUUCACGCCCAUGCCUUCUCCCGUUCAUCCAGCCAGGCUUCACUCGUGCUCACCGACCUCCUCUCACGCUACCUUUCCUUGCUCACUGCAACGUGUGCGAAGUAUGCCCAACAUGCUGGGAGGUCCUCUCUGACGGUUCGAGAUGCAUUGGCCUCCCUGGAAGAGCUCGGAGUCACUUUGGAGGAGCUCGACGAUUAUUGUGCAACCGAGGGCAAGGAAUUGAAUCGCUAUGCUCUCUAUUCUGCUAGGAGGGUAGAAGAUUUGCAAGAAUUCAAGUCCCAACUCGCGGAUGGAUUGCGGCAAGACCGCGAUGAUGCUACACCGUUAGAGUAUAUGCGAUGUCCUACACCCCUCCUCGAAGAGCUCGGUUCUGAGGAUGAAGAAGACUCGGGAGAAGAUGGAGAAGGGGAAACAGACGAUGGAUCGCAUCCAGAAGAUCUCCAACUUACGAACGGCAUGGACAUCGACGACUCCCUAGAUGCAAUAUCCGCUCUUCCUCGAAAACGACCUCCAUCACGGCCCAUAACACCUCCACUACCAUUAUCUCCUAUUUCUAAUCCGUCCUCUCCCGGACGGAAACGACCCAGAAGAUCUGGCUGGGAGCCACCCGAGCAUAUACCCAACUUCCUACCACCGUUCCCUUCAGUAUCUGACGACACGCCACCCUCUCCCAUAGACCACGACCCCACACUUCAGUCUCAACCUAUGAUGCCUCCUGGCCACAUAGCCGAGGCUGCAGCAGAAAAAACAGCUGCAACCCUGUCCCAGUCGCUGACGACAGCGGCCGCCUCCGACAUCCUCGUACAAGUACCAUAUUCCCAAUCCUCGCUAUCCUCGGUGCCAGAAUGGCACCUUCCUGCUCAACCAAAUCCUGCAUCUAUACCUCCGCGCCCUCAUCGCCUACAGACACCGCAGGUUGAACAAUCCUUACUUCAAGCCUACCACUAUAUCCUCACCCAUCCCCCGCCGCGCGAGCUUCCCCCAUUAAAUCCGUCACGACAUAAAGUUGCGAUGGCUCUUAUGCAUGAUUCACAGACAAACCCACGCUGGACCACAGCAGAUUCUCUGUUCGCGACAGUUGCGCCGUGUCCUCCACGAGUAGCCACGAUAGGGCCUUCGUAUCCUGUCGCGAAUGGGGAGGUUCCGGGUGAAAAGGGCAAAGAUGGCAAAGACAAAGAGCCAAAGCUGCCCCAGACGAUACCACGACCUGUAUCUGGGCCAGAACGCCUGGCUCCAUUCGUGAGUCAACAAACUUCUCGAAUGCCUGACCUUGCCCGUCACGUCCUUGCACCUGCCAUAUUGGCUCGGACGAGCCGUUUAUCACAUCCGCCAAUCCUCUACAGAGGAACGAAGCCUCUCAUCUACGGUAGCGGUACCCCGGCUCCAUGGAACGCUAACGCGAUAUCUGUUGGCGGCGAUGCCGUCCCAACCACACCUGCUACGUCCAAACCCAAGGACGCCCCUGGUGCGAACGGAAAGGACUCUCCUGAAAAGCCCGUUCUCCCGGAUGCUCGCCUUUUCGCGACCUGGGACUACGACACAAAGGAUUUCAAGGCACCCCUUGUGCCGAGGGGGAGGGCGAGGAUGGGCAGCAUGCAGGCCAGUGGGAGUGGUGUGAUAUCCUUGCCAAUGUCUUCAAGGAGUAAGGGUUUGAAGUGA